GCACUGCGGGCGGAUGAGGCGGGCGCUGCGGGCGGAUGAGGCGGGGCCGUGCCGCACCGAUUGAGCCGCGCCGGGCCGGGCUCUGCCGCCGGCUCCGCGCCGGCACCCGCGGCCAUGAGCUACGAGCAGCGCCGCGACUGGGGCCGCGGCCGCGGCCGUGGCCGUGGCGGCGAUGGCGGCUCUGCCUCCGCCGCCUCCUCCUCGGCGGGCGGGCCCGGCGGGCGGGGACGGCACCCCAGCCACCUGAAGGGCCGCGAGAUCGGGCUGUGGUACGCCCGCAAGCAGGGCCAGAGGAACCGGGACGCCGACCGGCAGCAGAGAGCUGUGGUGCGCAUGGACGAGCGCAGGGAGGAGCAGAUCGUGCAGCUGCUGAAUUCUGUUCAGACUAAAAACGACAAAGAGCAAGAAGCCAUGUCCUGGUGGUCCGGGGACGAAGAAGGCCCUGCUCUGGAACAGCCUGCCAAAGUGAAGCCAGAUGCUGAAAAAGCUCCUGUGAGACAGAGACCAACCUGGGAAAAAACAUCCCUGGAUCUGGAUUUGGAAUAUCUCUGUGAAAAAACCGAGCAGGAUGCUAAUUUAGAUGAGCAACUUAAAGAAGACUUAAUGAAGAAGAGAUCUGAUCCCAGAUAUAUUGAAAUGCAGAGGUUCCGAGAGAAGCUCCCCUCGUACGGGAUGAGAGAGGAGCUGGUGCGGCUGAUCAACAGCAGCCGCGUGACGGUGAUCAGCGGCGAGACCGGCUGCGGCAAGACCACGCAGGUGACGCAGUUCAUCCUGGACGACCACAUUGAGCGCGGCCUGGGCUCCGCCUGCCGCGUGGUGUGCACGCAGCCCCGCAGGAUCAGCGCCAUCUCCGUGGCUGAGAGAGUGGCUGCUGAGAGGGCGGAGGCCUGUGGCAAUGGCAGGAGCACGGGCUACCAGAUCCGCCUGCAGAGUCGGUUGCCAAGGAAGCAAGGUUCAAUUUUGUACUGUACCACGGGAAUUGUCCUGCAGUGGCUCCAGUCAGAUAAGCACUUGUCCAGCAUUAGUCACAUAGUUCUAGAUGAAAUCCAUGAAAGAAAUCUUCAAUCAGAUGUUUUAAUGAGCAUUAUUAAAGAUCUUCUGAAUGUUCGACUGGAUCUGAAGGUCAUACUGAUGAGUGCUACUUUAAAUGCAGAGAAGUUUUCUGAGUACUUUGACCAUUGUCCAAUGAUUCACAUCCCUGGCUUCACUUUCCCAGUGGUGGAAUAUCUGCUUGAAGAUGUCAUUGAGAAGUUGAGGUACACCCCGGAGAAGACGGACCGGCGGCUGCGCUGGAGGAAGGGCUUCAUGCAGGGCCACGUCAGCAGGCCAGAGAAGGAGGAGAAGGAGGAGAUCUACAGGCAGCAGUGGCCGGGCUACCUGAGGCAGCUGCAGGACAGGUAUUCAGCAAGUACAAUCGAUGCCCUGGAGAUGAUGGAUGAUGACAAGGUGGACCUGGACCUUGUAGCAGCUCUGAUCAGACACAUCGUGCUGGAAGAGGAGGAUGGUGCAAUUCUGGUGUUCCUGCCAGGCUGGGAUAACAUCAGCACUUUGCACGAGAUCUUGACAUCUCAAGUCAUGUUUAAGUCAGAUAGGUUUAUUAUCAUACCUCUGCAUUCACUGAUGCCUACUGUUAACCAGACUCAGGUGUUCAAGAAGACCCCACCAGGAGUGAGGAAAAUCGUGAUUGCAACCAACAUUGCAGAGACCAGCAUCACCAUCGAUGACGUGGUGUUUGUCAUCGACGGGGGGAAGAUAAAGGAGACCCACUUUGACACGCAGAACAACAUCAGCACCAUGGCAGCAGAGUGGGUCAGCAGAGCCAACGCCAAGCAGAGGAAGGGCCGCGCAGGAAGAGUUCAGCCAGGCCACUGUUACCAUCUGUACAACGGGCUGCGUGCCAGCCUUCUGGAUGAUUACCAGCUACCAGAGAUCCUCAGGACACCCUUGGAAGAGCUCUGCUUACAAAUCAAGAUCCUGAGGCUUGGUGGAAUUGCCUGUUUUCUGAGCAAACUGAUGGACCCCCCGUCUCGUGAUGCUGUGAUGCUGGCCAUAAAUCACCUCAUGGAGCUGAACGCCCUGGACAGGCAGGAGGAGCUGACGCCGCUGGGGGUGCACCUGGCGCGGCUGCCCGUGGAGCCGCACAUCGGGAAGAUGAUCCUGUUCGGAGCCCUCUUCUGCUGCCUGGACCCCGUGCUCACCAUCGCCGCCAGCCUCAGCUUCAAGGACCCCUUUGUCAUCCCUCUGGGCAAAGAGAAGAUCGCAGAUGCAAGGAGAAAGGAGCUCUCCAAGAACUCGAAAAGCGACCAUCUGACUGUGGUGAAUGCUUUCACUGGCUGGGAGGAGGCUCGGAGCUGUGGUUUCAGGAAUGAGAAGGACUAUUGCUGGGAAUAUUUCCUGUCCUCAAAUACCAUGCAGAUGCUGCAUAACAUGAAAGGGCAGUUUGCUGAGCACCUCCUUGCAGCUGGAUUUGUGAACAGCAGAAACCCCAAGGAUCCCAAAUCUAACACCAACUCAGGUAAUGAGAAGCUGCUCAAAGCAGUCAUCUGUGCUGGCCUCUAUCCCAAAGUGGCAAAGAUCCGGCCCAGCUUCAGCAAAAGGAGAAAAAUGGUGAAAGUUUGCACCAAGACCGAUGGAUCAGUCAAUAUCCACCCCAAGUCAGUGAAUGUGGAGGAGACAGAGUUCCAUUACAACUGGCUGGUGUACCACCUGAAGAUGAGGACCAGCAGCAUUUACCUGUAUGACUGCACGGAGGUGUCUCCAUACUGCCUGCUGUUCUUCGGAGGGGAUAUUUCCAUCCAGAAGGACAAGGACCAGGACACCAUCGCUGUGGACGAGUGGAUUGUUUUCCAGUCCCCAGAAAAAAUAGCAAACUUGGUCAAGAAACUGAGACAAGAGCUUGAUGAUCUUCUGCAAGAAAAGAUAGAGAACCCGCAGCCGGUGGACUGGAACGACAUCCGGAGCAGGGACACGGCGGUGCUGACGGCCAUCAUCGACCUCAUCACCACGCAGGAGAACGAGGCCGUGCGCAACUUCGCGCCGCGCUUCCAGGGCGAGCGCUACAGCUGACACGGCCCCUGCGGGCAGGGCAGGGCACGGCACGGCUCGGCACGGCACAGCUCAGCACAGCUCGGCACAGCUCAGCACAGCUCAGCACAGCUCAGCUCAGCUCGGCACGGCGGCUGCAGCGCCCCCAGCGGGAGGAGCGCCGUCCUUGUGCGGGUGAGCUGCUGCUCCUCCUGUGCGGCAGCGUGUGCGGGGUGUGUGCUGUGCUCCGGGUGCCGCUGUGAGGGACAGGCGGUGUCGGAUGUGUCAGGCUCUCGUCCUGCUGUAGCUGCUUUCUUUGGGUUUGUCACCCGUCAGGUAACAGAUUCCAGAAACCUGCUCAAAUACUGCUAAGUAAAACCUGAACUGUUCUGUUUUUUAAUGGGGUGUGGUGAGGAAUUACAGCUGCUGUGUUAUUCCACCAACACUUCCAUAGAUGGUAAUUACAGCUUAAUUAAACUCAACUUAAAAACACAUGUUGAAUUUGUACGAUGGGAAGAAACAACCUUCAGCAAUUCUUCUCCUGUUUUGCAUUUUAUCCCAUUCAAUUAAUCUUGCUUUGCUUUCUGUCCCCUUCCAUCAUCACUACUGACUGAAAUUGCAGAGGACAGAAAGCAUGGUUAGAUAAAAGUCAUGUUGGGUUACAUGUUAAGGUUUAAUUGCAUUCGAGUUUUUUGUUUUGUUCUGUUUUUUUCUAAGAAGUUCAUGUAUGGGUUAUAGUAUUUCAUUAAAAGUCUUUUUUUGCAAGUCUUA